UUCAAAAUCCCUCUACAGUAAAGUUUUCUCUAUUAGGUAUUGGAGACAAGCAAGGAGAAUCACAAGCAAUUGCAUAUUCCAGACAUUUUGUGAAAAGGAAAAGGGCUGCUAACCAAAUGUCUCCAUUUGCUAUCAUCUCCUGGAGCAUUCUAGGCAUUUUGUGCAUUGUUUCCCUUUCAGGGAAUGGAUUUAUCUUCACUGUGACUGUGCUGCAAUGGCUCCAGAAGAGGAAGAUGCCACCUUGUGAAUUCCUCCUGACCUGUUUGAGUGCCUCCAGAUUACUAACAGAGUUGGAUUGCAUGGCCAUCUAUUUUAUGCAUCUAUUUUCUUUUUCUGGUAGUAGAAGAAUACUCUAUUUCUUCUGGAUCUUUUUCGAUAUGGCCAGUCUCUGGUGUACCUCCUGGCUCAGCAUUUUCUACUGUGUGAAGGUCGUCAACUUUUCCAACUCUUUACUCCUUUGGCUAAAGUUAAGGAUCAAUCUGCUUCUACCCAGACUACUUGGAAUAUCAAUGACCAUUUUCAUGGUCUCUUCAAUUCAUUCCAUCUUCAGGUUUUUCAAAUACAAAGAACCAUGUAAUCAGACUGUAACACCACUAACUAAUGAGGAUACUGACAUCAGCAUGUGGAUUAGUUUUAUUCCAGUGCAGAUAACUUUCACUUGCAUAAAUUUCAGCAUGAACAUAGCGGCAACCCUUCUUUUGCUCAUCUCCUUGCGGAGGCAUGUGAGAAACCUCAGAGGGAAUGGUACUAGUGUCCAGGACCUCAACACUCAAGUCCACCUCAAAGUCAUGAGGCCUUUGUUCAUCACUCUCUUACUCUACCUUUUAUUUAUUGUUAGUUUGAUAAUAAUGAUAAGUAACUUUUCCCUGUUUCAAACAAAUCUAUCACUGAGUACAGAGAUAACGAUGUCCAUAUUUCCUUCAGCACAUUCCAUAAUAUUAAUAUGGACCAAUCCAAAACUCCGAGAAGUGGCUGUUCACAUGCUAAACAUCAGACAAAGAGCUUAAUAAAAUAGAGAAGGUGACAACAGGAAUCCAUCCUCAUCUUUGAACAGGGACUGCUUCUAUCAGUGUGUGAAGUAAACAUCACAAUGAAUAAUAGAAUAAUAGAAUCUUAGAAUCAUAGAGUUGGAAGAGAUCUCAUGG